AUGGCAGCAGCUCUGCCUGCGUGCUACCACGGCGCCAUGACUAAGAAGGAGUGCGAGGAUUUGCUGGGAAAGAAGAACAAGGAUGGAGCUUACCUGAUCCGAGACAGCGAGACCAUCCAGGGAGCCAUGUGUCUUUGUGUCUAUAAACAGAAGGUGGUGUACACCUACAGACUGCUGCAGUCACACAAUGGAUACUACACCCUCCUGACAGUGGGGGGUUUGGACGAGACGUUUUUUAAGACUAUUGACGAUCUGAUUCGUCACUACAAGAGGAAGAACCAGGGUCUGGCCAUGCAUCUGCGCCACUCAGUCAAAAGGAAGACGGCCUUGCUGAUCCAGCCGCAGAGAGAGCUGCAAGCACAGCCUUCGAAGUCACCCGAACAAAGGCCGCGCAGGACUGAACGUGAGCCAUGGAGGCAGCCCGACACCGUACCCGAGGAAGAACAUGAUUACGAGAAUGCUCCUGAGUCUGAGUACGUCGAAGUCCUUCCUGAUUAA